UCUGUGCAAUGAUGUGCUAUUAUUCUUAGGCUUAUAAACUGUUUCGUUUUUACUAUUUUUUCACUCCCCUACCCCCAUAGUCCCUUCUUUCUUUAUUCAAGCACUGUACGUCCUCUUUCUUUUUCUUCUACAUCUCUCUCCUUAGCAAUCCAAAUCAUUCCCAAAGAAAGAAAGGGUUGUUUUACAUCUCUUGGGUUUGAAAAUGGUGAGAGGGAAGACUCAGAUGAGAAGGAUAGAGAAUGCUACAAGCAGACAGGUGACAUUCUCCAAGAGAAGAAAUGGUUUGCUAAAGAAAGCUUUCGAGCUUUCUGUGCUUUGUGAUGCUGAAGUUGCUCUCAUCAUCUUCUCCCCAAAUAGCAAACUUUAUGAAUUUGCAAGCUCAAGCAUGAGCGGUACUAUCAAACGUUAUCGGGAGCAUGUAAAGGAGAAUCAAACUCCGAAUUCUGCGUGUCCAGAAGAUGUCCAGCAUUUGAGGCAGUUAGCUGAAGGCAUGGCAAAGCAGAUAGAACUCUUAGAAGUUGCAAAAAGGAAAAUUUUGGGACAAUGUCUUGGAUCAACCACCAUUGAAGAACUACUACCGAUUGAAGAACAGUUGGAGAGGAGUGUAUGCGUUAUUAGAGCAAGAAAGAUGCAAGUGUACAAUAAACAGGUUCAACAAUUACAAUCAAAGGAGAGAAUGCUCACAACUGAAAAUGCAGUGUUAAAUGAGAAGUAUCAACUUCAAACUACUGAAGAAUCAGAAGAAGGGAUAGAGAAUGUCAUAGUCAUGGAAAACAAGGAUGCAUCAGAUGUGGAAACAGGUUUAUUUAUUGGGUUACCAAAGAGGAACAUCAAGAACAAUUGAAGAAAGUGAUAUUAUGAUAAUAUUAGCAUACGCGUUAGCUUAAAAAAUGAUCGCUAUUUAAAGAAGCUUCCUUCCUAUAUGUAGCAAAGCAGGCUUUCUAUGUUUUUAUAUGGGGGUGGUUUCAUAAGCAUUAAGCAUGUAUGAUGUACGUUAUGUAUGCAUAUACAUAUAUAAUAUGAUUGUUAAAAGUAAGUUGAUAUCAUUGUUUGAA